AGGUUGAACGGUCUGAUGCGAUAGAUAGAGGAAGCAGUAGUAGAGUAGAUAGAUACGCCGCAGCUGCCGGCGCCCCUUGCCUGCGACGACUCUGCUCUUGCUCUGUUUAGUUUGCGUGGCCGGGUACGCAGGGCAGGGGAGCUGGGGAGGGUUGGUUCGGUUCGGUUCGGUCUUUGCAUGCGCGGGCGACGACGUUGAUGUGCUUCGAGCUGGCGGACCAGCAGCGCGGAGGCGGCGGCGGCGGCGCGGGGUGGCCGGCGAAGCGGCGUGCAGGAGCAGGAGGCGGUCAGGACGAGGGCGCGGGGAUGGCAAUGGCGGCCGCCGGCACCGGGGAGGUGAUGUCCGAGUACUACCAGGCGCAGGAGCUGUCAACGAUGGUGUCGGCGCUGACCCAGGUCGUAGCGGGCGGGCCGUGGGCCGGGUCCGCCGCCGGCGCCGCGCCGAGGGGGAGCGCCCCGGAGCAGCAGCCAAUGCACGGCGGCUACGCGCAGGAGAUCGGCGCGCCAUCGCCGGAGCUCGCAGGGUCGGAGCUGAGCUCGGACACCCAGAGCGCGGGAGCGGCGGCCAUGGAGGAGCACCACUCGUCAGCGGCUGCGCUGGCCAGCCAGGACCCAGAGGGGCCCGAGACGCCGCGGCGGCGGUACCGCGGGGUGCGCCAGCGGCCGUGGGGCAAGUGGGCCGCGGAGAUCAGGGACCCGCACAAGGCGGCGCGCGUGUGGCUCGGCACGUUCGAGACCGCCGAGGCCGCGGCGCGCGCCUACGACGAGGCCGCGCUCCGCUUCCGCGGCAGCCGCGCCAAGCUCAACUUCCCCGAGGACGCGCGCCUCCGCCCGGCGUCUACCACCACGGCGGGUGUGGCGCCCGCCGCCGCGUCGUCGGUGCCACUCGCCGCGUCGGUGGCCUCGACCUCCCCGGCUGUCUACCCCGGCGCCGGCGGCGUCCAGGGAGCGUCGGGGUCGGACUACGACUACCUGAGGUACCAGAUGCUUCUGCAAGCGUCCACCGGAAGCCAAGGCACCCUCCUUCCGUUCUACGCCGCCGCCGGCGGUGGCGUCGGCAUGACCAAUCCCUACGGUGGCGGUGGUGCCGCCAUGACCAAUCCCUACGGUGGAGCCGCCGGCGGUGGCAGCACGACUGGGUUCCUGGGCUCCUACUACUCGUUCCCGCCCUCCUCUGUUUCUGUCGCCACCGUGCCAUCCUCCACUUCCUCUGCUUCGGGAUACUACUACUCGUCGCCGCACGACUCGCAACAGAGCGAGGCGUCCGCCGCGGCGGCCGACUGGAACUGGGAGAGCACGCUGGCCUGGCCCGACUCGAGCCAGCCGUACCCGCCGCCACCUCACACUCGGUAGCAGCAGCAGUCUCCUCCAAUACCCGGCGCCACCUCACACUCUUCUUCUUUCUUUUAUCUGAAACAAUAAGGUGACUACGGCUGAGAUGGAGGCAGGAAACCAAAGCAAAGCAGACCAAGAAGUGGAAGAAGAUGCUUUCGUUUCUUUCGUGUAUGAUGACAUCCAAGUGGCCUUUGUUUGUUGAUUAUUAAUUUUGAUCGACGAUGUGGCUAUCCCCAUUGUUUCCCUUUGAUUUUGGCUGCAAAUUAAGAGAUGAAAGCUCAACUCCAUUACCCAACGGUGUAUACAUCUCCGAAUCCUUUCCGGGACGUAACGCGUUCAAAGUUUGCUA